UUUUCUUAGCAAUUUAAGAAGUGUUUGAUUAUCAUAAGCAAAAGUUUUACGAAAGAAACAUAACGAUGGGGUUGGCUUCCUGGUGUUUGUUCCUUGUCCUCCUGCAGUACUUUUCAUCAUGGGGAGGUGAAUGUAGAGAGACGAAAUUAGAAGAACAGUGGAAGUGGAACAACGAAGAUUACAAUGAUGUGAAAAGAAGUAACUAUAUGUAUCUACGACUACCUCGUGAGUUGGGAAGAGAAGGCAAUGAUGAUGAUCGUCGCGGCCAUGGACAUGGACAUGGUCAUAUGCACAUGCAUAUGCAUGUCCAUGGUGAUGGAUCAUCAUCAUCAUCCGAUCUUGAGCUUACAGAACUAGAACAACAACAAUCGAUUGUUUUCAACUUGAAGGACCUAAAAGUGGGCCUAACGAAGGCCAUUUAUUUUCCAAAGAAGAAACAUACUGCUCCCAUUUUGCCAAGGCAUUUAGGGGAUUACUCUGUUCCAUUCUCCUCAAAGGAACUUCCCAACAUUCUUAGGCUAUUCUCAAUCCCUCAAGGCUCACAAACAGCCAAAGCCAUGGAGGCGACUCUCCAGACCUGUGAGUCCGGAGGCGUAGAUGGAGAAACAAGGAUCUGUGCUACUUCCUUCGAGUCAAUGCUUGAAUUCGUACGUGGCAUCUUCGGAUUGGACAACUUCGGUCACGGUUUGACACAUCUGACAACGACCUCCUACAAUGAUUUUUCCCAUGCGAUUUUCCAAAACUACACCGUUUUGGAGGAUCUGGAGGAGAUAACAUCCCCCAAGAUGGUAGCAUGCCAUGUUAUGGAGUUUCCUUACGCUGUGUAUUUAUGCCAUAGCAUGAGGGACUGGAAGUUCUUCAAAAUGUCAUUAAGGGGCCAAAAGGGAGACAUCGUUAAUGCCAUUUCCAUUUGUCACAUGGAUACCUCUCAGUGGGACCCACAUCACGUUUCGUUCACCGUGCUUGGAUAUGGUCCUGGCAUGGGACCUGUCUGUCAUUUCUUCCCUGACCAGACUAAUUUUCUAUGGUUUCCUUCCACUAUUUCAAUCUAGCGCAUAUAUAUAUAAUAAAAAAUAAAUCUGCUGUGCUCUAUCUUCAAUAAAAACUAUUGGAAUGUAUUUGUCGUUUCUUUCAUGUGGCGUUGUUAUAAGUUGUAUCUCUGAUGAUGUUGUGUUAUAUUGCUUUGUAAUUUCGGUGAAAUAAUAAAAGAUAUUAAAGACCUA